AUGGCCUCUUCUGAAGUGCAGGCCUGGAUCCGACGCCUACCAGAGCCGCAUAGCGAAGGCCUCUCGCCGCCAUCCAUUGUGUAUCCAGAAUCGAGCUACUCGUCCAGGACAACGAGGAAGCUUCAAGAUGUCGUCUCGUCCUUACCUUCUCCAACGCCAUCGCCCGAUAUCGACGGCACGUCCUCGACACCCCGUCGCCGCCGCCUAGAGGAAAACGCUGCGACAGUCCGGAAAAGGCCCAGGCAUGAAGAUCAACGGACUUCAGAUCGGCGUGUUAUCGCCUUGCCUGCGAAGUCCUCAGCUUCUCCGGGCCGUUCGCGCCCAAAGAGCAGCUCCGCGCGUCGCAGCCGAGGACUCAACGGAGCACGUAGCAACAAGACCACAAUCUCGGUGUCGAGCAGCACCAUGGCGCAGACAGCAAGUCCACCAUGCGAGCCAAGGAUGUCAGCAUCGAGUAUCGAAAUCGGACGGGGCACAAGAACGGCUAGGCCAUCAUCCGCCUUGGAGACGCGUAGUCCUGGCUGGAGUUGGUUGAAUCCCAUUGAUAUAAGCAGCAUCCCGUCCUCUACCAGCGUCUGGACCUCUUCCUCCUUUGCCCGUCACCGGGCCCCUCAACAACAGCAGCAAAGGGGAGAGAGCCAAGACAUGUCUCGGGUUGGCGUUGCGACAUCGACGAUAACAUCAAGUUCGUUGAUCUCUAACCCAAGUCCGCUGCCGUCCAGCCCAUGUCUGCGACAGCAACGGCAACGCCAAAGACAACCACUGCAAACGCGAGUUGCGAGGCAAGGGCAGCGUCGACCAGAACCUAGAGCAUACAGACCAAGGACGGCAACUCUGUCCAGUCCGAUGUUGAGUGUUCCAGAUGAUGAUAAUGAUGCUGCCUUGGGUUGGCCUCAAGAAACAACAGGAGAAGAAGCAAACGUGACACCGCCACCAAAUGGCGAAGAAGCAGAAGUGAUGCCAGGAAGGAUCGUAACCUCGAUUGAGGUAGAGCCCUUCCAAGAGGCGCGCCCCAGAGAAGUCGCACAACCGCGACGCCGAGAAGCAAGCGGCGCCAAGCAGCAGCCCAUGCUGGCAACAGCGACUACAGACCCCGAUCAAGCCCAGCAAGACGGGGAGCAUAGAGAGGAACGACCAGAUGCGUCGCUGCGGCGGCGACUUACUGGUCAGGGAAGAUGCUCCUUCAAUGAUAAGCAUCUCGAUCUCCUGUCGUCUGACGAUCUCUCUCAUCUCCGCCGCAGACUGCGGCACCGGCAGGGACAAAGUGAAAUUAGAGAACCCGAACAGGUGGAACACGGCGUUCCAAGUAGUGGACUGCGUACAGCAUCGGCCCGGCCGUAUACCCCACCGCCCAAUUAUAUCCAGCAGAGCAUUGAGACUUCUUCUGUCUCGCUGUCGCUGGGCAAUGAUAAGCAACAAACCUUGUUCUUCACACCUUCCCUUAAUACUCAUCUUCAGCCUGUAACUUUUGACGAUGCCGAUACCAACACAGUCGCUGCCUUAUGUUCAUGGAACACUGCCGAUGGUCGUUGUCAGAGCACGGUCAACAGACAGGGGAGCAGCAGCAACGAAGCUUACACUAACGACACGGAUCAAAACAACUUCAUCACCUUCAUGAACCGCAUCUUGUCACUGAGUGUGAACAGAGGAAUACUGCCCCAAGAAAUGGCCCAUGAACUACAAGCCGAGACCCGACACAGGUUGCUUUCACCAGAAGAUCAAGACAGCUUCAUGCUUGGCCGAUCUUCACGUCUUGGAUUCCGUCCAAAUACUGCCUUCAGGCUCGACGUCGUCGAUGAUGCCCCUGAGGAGGCCGGUCGGCAUCCUUCUGGUCCGUCAUCGCUAUUGAUCAAUGCGCGCCAUCUUCUGGCCGACUCUGGGCCCCAGGCCGCACUCAUGUUCGAGCUUCGCUUUGAAUUUGAGUCCCUCCAGGGCAUUCUGAGGGCAAGCCGGCAGCUUUUUGGCGCAUCGUUGGAUGAUUUGGGUGGUCGUGGUAACAGCAGUAGUCAAUAUACUGAGGACUGGGCCGCUAAUGUACAUUUGCCAUUGCUUAAUUUGGCUACGAGGUACGCCGCAACAUCUGCGGCAAAAGCAAGCAGAAAGGGCAAGGAGGUGGAAGGGUCAAGGAACAAGGUUGGAAGGACAAGUGUGCAUGUUUCGAAAAGCGCCAUGAUGCAGUUGCUUUCUGCCAGUACCGCAAAUCAGCGUCGAGGAGAAACCUGCAAGUUGGCAGGGGCUUAUGCAUGCGUAGUGGCUUCUCAGCCACAUAGCAAGUUCGACCGUAAGUUGCGGGAUGCAUUGGGAGAAUUAGAUUAUGGUUGCCACAAGACGACAGAGCACAGGCGUAGGGUUGAUGGCGCGCAUCACAGAAGAGCUGGAAUCAACCAUUCCUCUACGAAUCCGACUAUUGGCGGCGUUCCGAUACGUCGCCUUCCUAUUGGCGCAGUCUUCUUAGAACUGCAACCCGGGCGCUGUCAUCCACAGUGCCUUCGGUCAUCAGGUCCAUCGUCACCGUCGUCACCAGCCUCGCGUUGCUGUUUGGACGCCCGCGCUCGACUUGCAUUCUGGGCGAGUGCCUGGUAUGGUAGGCUAAGUGAGUUCGCCUGCCUCCAGAGGCAGCACCAUGACGACGAUGCUGCCGCGGCGGCCCAGCUAUUGGGUACAUCUCCAAGCGGAACAGGGGCAGCGUCUAGAGGAACAUUGCCCAAGACACUUGCGAGUAGGCUGAUACCUUUGCCUAUGGUUGCCAUGGACGGUGUGAACUGGUACCUGCUCUUUGUUGUACCAGACGGUUCGAGCCAAUUGGCCGGGGAUACCAAUGAUGAACUGACAAAAUCUCGAGGUGUGAAACUGACGCAGCCCAUGCGUAUUGGUUCUACAGACUCCCUGGUAGAGAUCUACAAGCUUUUAGCCAUCCUGAGGGAGAUCGUCAACUGGGUUGGUCGCGAUUUCCGAUCCUGGUUUGAAGGCCUACUAUAA